UACCCUCAGGUAGUGGAGUAGUGAGUAAUGAUGGUGCCCCUGUAUUUAGAGCUGAACUUCCCCCUGAAUGUCCCUGACACUGUUCUUGGGUAGCCACACCACGGCCCAUUUCCUCAAGGCCUAUCUCCCACGUUGAUGCAGGUGACAUGCAACGACAGGGCUCCUGCAGUCAUUCGCAGGGCCCUGGAACAUCACUUGCUGAUGCAGGAGAAGCCACAAGACUAUGAACUGGGACAAAUCAUCUCCCAACAGCACAAAAUGAAGAUUCCAAAGAAUGCCAACGUCUUUUAUGCGAUGAAGCCACAUGUCAGGAGAGACUUCAUCCUGAGAAAGAGGACCUGUCCUCAGGAUGAAAAGGAUGACUGGAUCCCUCCCCAACCUCCCUCUUAUGAGGCAACUCAGGUGCGACAUCACCGCUGGAACCUGUGGACAAGAAUCUGCUCCUGUCUCUCUGGGCAGUGCUAAAGCAUUGCAUCAUGGAUGAUCAAUGAGAUUGACUUCUAAAAUGUUUACUCAUCAAUUCCAUACAUAAUUGGACCUUAAGUUUUGUUAUUUAAAAUAUGUUUCUGUAUUCUGAUCCAC